AUGUCGUUCGAGCCGAAGUACAAGGUCGAGCUUGACCCUCCAAAGGACGAUGUCAUCAGUUUGGACUAUCUCAGCAGAUGCGAUGGCACACAUGAAGAUCAUCCAACAUAUGUUGCCAUAAAGGGCACAGUCUUUGAUGUCACUGGCAACAAGGCUUAUAGUCCUGGUGGCUCGUAUAAAGUAUUCGCAGGCCGGGACGCAAGUAGAGCACUCGCACAGUCAUCACUUAAGGAAGAAGAGUGCCGGCCGGACUGGGAGGACCUCUCGGACGACAACAAGAAAGUGCUGAACGACUGGUACACUUUCUUCAGCAAACGUUACAACGUGAAGGGCAAGGUGGAAGGCGCUACCAACCAAUAG